AUGGUUGUUGUUCUGUUUGGGGAACUUGGCAGUUGGACUGCAAACGGUACAUCACCAAAUGGAGUGACAUCGUCUGUGCUCUGCCCAUCCGAAGCCUUCAAUGUCAAUGGAUGGUUCCAGUUUUUUGUUGGCGACCGAAAUGCGAACGCCUUAACAAUUCAAGACGGUCGGGAAUCGGCUUCCCAAUCGACAUGGUACAUCGGAGAAAUGCCGAAAUGCUCAGCAGCUGGGGCCGACCUUAAGAAACCUCGAAGCGUAAUUCGUCAUUUGCUACGCCUCGCAGGUAACUGA